GGGACAAUGACAGUUUGGCAGCUAUACUAGCUAAGGAGCUAAAGGCUGAUCUUCUUAUCCUUAUGAGUGAUGUGGAGGGUCUCUACAGUGGGCCUCCCAAGUGACACAAAUUCAGAGCUCAUUCAUUCAUACAUACAUAAAGGAGAGGCAUCAAGGCGGAGUCACUUGUGGAGUAAAAUCAAGAGUGGGACGAGGGGAAUGGCUGCGAAAGUAAAGGCUGCUGUUGAUGCAGCUUCUGCUGGCAUCCCUGUUUUCGUCACCAGGUGUUCUUCAAGACUUGAUGGAGAGAAUGGACAAAUUGGUGAGGGAGUCCGGAGAACCAGUACUUGCCAAGAAUUUUGUCAAAAUUUGGCAAAAAGUUUUAAUGCUGAUUUAGCUUGGUGAAGCUGAUGAUUGGGAAAUAUAUCAAAAAGUGAUUGGUGGGCAAAAAGUGAUUGUUUUUUAUUUUGAGAAUAUGAUG